UCACCAACCACAUUGAUCCAUCCCUCUAUCAAUCAAGAAACAAGCAAGAUUAUUCUAGCCAACUAGCUAGCUUGCGAAUGGCUUCCUUGUCCUCCUUAAUGCUCGUCACGGCAGUGGCCGCAUUGUUGGUCAUUGGCUCAUCUGGCACUGAGGUCACCUUCAAGAUCGGUGAGUCCUCUACCACCUCUACACUGGAACUCAUCACCAAUGUCGCCAUAUCUGAGGUGGAGAUCAAGGAGAAGGGUGGCAGCGACUGGAGGGGGCUCAAGGAGUCAUCGGCUAACACCUGGAAAAUCAAAAGUGAUGCACCGCUCAAGGGCCCCUUAUCCGUCCGCUUCCUUGUCAAGAACGGUGGCUAUCGCAUCGUCGACGAUGUAAUCCCCGAAACCUUUAAGGCCGGCUCCGUCUACAAGAGUGGCAUCCAGGUCCAGUAAUGGACAUGCAUGUCCUUGCAUUAGGUCACAUGGAAAUUAUUAGCCUCUAAAUAAUUAUCUAUUCAAAAGAGAGACCGAGUCUGCAUGUGAACACGUCAAUAGUUAAAUUUCUAUUGUUAUUUUGUGACAACAGACUAUUGACAAAAUGAAGCAUACCAUGUGCCCUUCCCACAUAUUGGUAUGGAGCUAUAUGUGCACACGAUUUUGAAUAUAUUGUUUAUGUAGGAUUUAUGGGAAAAGGUAUAUUUGGCCAUCAUUCAUCGAGAUGGUUGUGUACAUUUGAUUUUCCAUAGUUCUAAUAUAUAUGGUUGUGCACUAAACUA